UCGGCCCGGCGACAGCGCCUCGCGCUCCCAGCUGCAGCCGCACAGCGCGCGAGCGACGCGGCGCGGCAUGGAGGGCGCGGCCGGCGUGGCCUCGCUCGCCAUGGACUGCGAGGACAUGUUCAAGGAGAUCACUAAGAAGCUGUACGGCGAGGAGGCUAGCGUGGGCGGCGUGGGCGGCGCGGCCGUGGGCGUGGUGGGCGUCGAGUUCCCGGGCGUAGAGCGCGAGCUGCAGGACGACGAGCUGCGGCCCGAGGAGCACAUCACGGCCUGGGGGCUGGCGGCGCUCAUGCAGAACGGGUUCCCGCCGCCCGGCAUCCUGCAGGCCAACUUCGCGCCGCGCACCGACCCCACCGCCGAGGACCGCUGGACGGCGGCCGACGAGCCGCUGGCCUGGGCGCACUCGCGCGUGGCGGCCUACAACCCGGCGCAGCGCCUGUUCAAGUGCGCCGAGUGCGACUGCGUGGGCUUCCUGGCGCGCGUGGCGGAGCACUGGCUGGGCACGCACGCGGCGGCGCGCGCCUUCGCCUGCCCGCUGGCCGGCUGCGGCUUUGCCAGCGGCUGGGCGCGCGCCGUGCGCCAGCACCUGGCGCGCGACCACCACUCCGACCCCGCCGCCGCCGACCAACUGCUGCGCGACAACGCGGCGCUCGACGACCUCACGCGCUACCUGGCGCGCCUCAAGGCCAAGGUGGAGGCCGAGCGCCGCGCGCCCGCGCCCGAGCCCGACGCCAAGCGCUACGCGUGCGGCGCCUGCCCCUACGCCACGGACCGGCGCGACCUGUUCACGCGCCACGAGAACAUCCACCGCGACGAGAAGCCCUUCCACUGCUAUCUGUGCCAGAAGCAGUUCAACCGCGCCGACCACGUCAAGAAGCACUUCUUGCGCAUGCACCGCGACCAGCCCUACGACCUCAACCGCAUCCGGCGCGCCGCCAAGCCGGCCGCGCCCGCGCCCGCAUGCUGCAAGCCGCCCGAGCCCGAGUGCCGCGCGCCCGUCAAGCAAGAGCGCGCGCCGCUGGCCAAGGCGGAGGCGCCCGCCAGCCCGCGCCGCAAGGGCGAGCGGCGCUACGCGUGCUGCUACUGCGCGUGGUCGGGCGUGGACAACUGGUGCCUCAAGCGGCACCUCAACACGCACCUCAAGCCCUUCGCGUGCUCGCUGUGCGAGUACAAGGCGGCGCGCGCCGAGCGGCUGGCCACGCACGUGCACAAGGUGCACAACAAGAAGGCGUGCGCCAAGUGCCCGUUCCUGGCCGACGACCAGGUGCAGCUGGGCGCGCACCUGCGCGACGCACACCAGAUCGAGAGCCGCGGCCUCAAGGUGCCGACGGGCGCGCGCGGUCCUGCGGCGCCGGCGCCUGUUCCCGCGCCCCCCGCGCCGGCGCCCGGCGGCAGCGGCGCGGCGCCGGCGGGAGCGCGUCGGCGCGAGGCGCGCGCUGCGGGCGCGGCGCGGCUGUUCGGCUACCUGGAGGCGUCGGACGGCUCGGGCGACGAGUUCGAGGCGCCGCCGGAGCAGUUCGCGCCGCACUACGCUCGCGACAAGGAGAAUGCCGCGCCGCCGCACGCGCUGCACGAGCACUGCCUGCGCUAUUAGCCGCAAUAAAGCACGGCGGGUGCGACGAGAUCGCACCCGCCGUUUCGUUUGCGCGCCCCUCGGCCGCUAUACUGGCGCAUAGUUAUAUAACGGCCCGGGUAGGUACAUGUAUCCGGAUUGACUUGACUUCACUGUAUCAUAUUAUGCGUGUUUGACUUUUAGGAUGGGUAAAAUGUUGUGAUUUCGCAUCAACGACAUUCUAUGGUAACCACAGGUGUCGUAACAGUAGGUAAGUGAAGUAAUGUCGAUCAAUUCAAAGUUUUAUUUUGUGUAACACUGUGCGUUGUUUAAUUGUUUUCCAUUAUUAUUUAUUAAUUGAAUUGAGUAUUUACCUACUUCAUAUACUUAUACGUUUAUGUAGAAAAUAAAUGGCAAAAUUCAAAUU